CGACUUUGCGAAAUGUGCGAGAUGUGGCGCUCGUGCAGAGUGAAAUUGUUUUAAAAACGGAAAGCUGCGAAGCACGCAGCAUUCGCAAACACAUCGUGCUCGCGACCGCCUCGUUCGGUGUUUGCUGGCGCGGCUUAAUUAUCAACGUAAACAAACAAAGUAUGUGCUUCAUAGUCAAUUACUACGCGAAACUCUUUUGUUAAAGUGCGUGUCACACCAAUGCGAGUUUAGGUCAGAAGAUGCGAAGAGAAAGAAUGCGCGCCGCUCUGCAACGUCACCUGCCAAUCUUCGGGCAUGUGCGUGGCUAUGAUACCCACACGUUCCUCUGCGAUCUAAUUGCCGGCGUCACCGUGGGCCUCACAGUGAUGCCGCAGGCCCUGGCGUAUGCGACACUUGCCGGUGUUGAACCCCAGUUUGGCUUGUACUCGGCGUUCGCGGGCUGCUUCGUUUACGUCGUCUUCGGAUCGUGCAAAGAUAUUACCAUCGGGCCUACUGCUCUAAUGUCCCUCAUGACUUACCAACAAGUUGUCAACCGCAACAGCGACUACGCUAUAUUACUAUGUUUCAUCUCCGGAAUCAUGCAGUUGUUAAUGGCCGUGCUAAACCUCGGUCUUCUUGUAGACUUUAUAUCAAUUCCGGUGACGGUGGGCUUCACCUCGGCCACUUCGAUGAUCAUUAUCUCAUCGCAGCUAAAGUAUAUAUUGGGGUUGAAGUACAAGUCAAAUGGAUUUUUCGAUACACUUUAUCAAGCGUACGCGAAUAUCGAUAAGUCGCGUUAUGCAGACUUUCAGAUGGCAUUGGUAUGUAUUGUUCUACUGCUGGGGCUGAGGAAAAUAAAGGAUAUUAAGCUGAAACGCAAGCCGUUAGAGAAGACCAUCUGGGUGAUUUCCACGUCCAGGAAUGCUUUGGUGGUUGUUUGUAGUUCGUUAUUGGCGUAUUACUACGAAACCACCACUGGAGCCGUACCAUUCUUACUGACCGGGAAAGUAAAACCGGGCAUGCCCAAUUUUGGUCCACCACCAUUCAGUACAACAUACAACAAUCGCACAGUGGAGUUAUCAGAAAUGCUGGCAGAUCUUGGAGGGUCCGUUGUAAUGGUACCUAUUAUUGCUGUGCUUGGAAAUGUUGCAAUUGCCAAGGCUUUUGCUAAUAAUAAAAGUGUGGACGCCACCCAGGAACUAAUUGCACUCAGCUUUUGCAACGUAAUUGGAUCAUUUUUCUCGUCUAUACCUAUUACCGGCUCUUUUUCACGCUCGGCUGUGAACCACGCAAGCGGUGUGAAAACUACUGUUGGCGGUAUAUUUACUGGCAUUUUGGUUUUGCUCGCGCUGUCCUUUGUGACCCCAGCAUUUCGCUACAUUCCGAAAGCAUCUCUUGGCGCUGUUAUCAUCUGUGCGGUAAUCUUCAUGAUUGAAUACGAAGUUGUACGGCCAAUGUGGAAGUCCAAUCGGAAAGACCUCAUUCCUAUGAGCGUCACAUUUAUACUAUGUUUAUCCAUCGGCGUGGAGUUAGGAAUUGUUAUUGGUGUGUUUAUCAACAUUAUACUGCUCCUGUAUCCAAGCGCACGCCCGCAAGUGACCGUCGAAAAAUUGACGACGCCCAAUGGGGUUGAAUGUUUACUAAUCACUCCGAGUAACAGUCUGUACUUCCCGGCGGUGGAAUUUAUCAAGUCCUAUGUGGACAACGCCGGAUUGAAUUCAGUGCAUUUGCCCGUUGUCAUAGAUUGUCGAUUUAUUCUCGCCGCCGACUUUACAGCUGCCAGAGGGGUAUCGGCAAUGAUUAGGGACUUUGCGGGUAGAAAACAACCUCUGUAUUUCCUCAACCCCAGCGAGAAGGUGAAGAAUGUAUUUAAGGGAGCCGACAUUGCCUUCAAUUCGCUCAAGUCUGUGCAGGAACUAGAAGAUUUCAUUGUCGACAGCGAAGAAUCCGCUCUUUUGAAGCAAUUAAAUUCGACAUAUAGGGAGUUUGAACAGGUGUGAAAUGUACAUGUAUGUUGCGCUCUCUUAAGAACUUUUUUGACGAAUGUUUACCAAAUGUUUUGUAUCAAAACUCAUGUAAUAUAUUUUAAUUUUUCACUAAUAAACAAACUAUGAAAACAA